AUGCACUGGCUCUUUGCUUCAACGAAAGGGUUUUGCUCUGCUCUUUUCAUGAGUAUACUCCUCCUUGUGCCAGUUAUGGCCGUACCCAUUGUCCAUCAAAUUCCAGACCCAAAAGAGAUGUAUUUGAUGAGCGGUGGAUUGUCACCCGACGCACCCAACAUAUCUAAUGCAACCAGCGCCACUACCAACGCUUUGGUACAACACGUCGAAGAGGAUGAUCACGGUCAUAUACAUGAUGAUCCAUACCCAAUCAAGGGCAAACUCUUUGUCCACCCCAACCUCUUUGAAGUCGGCACUCCACCCGAGCUCCGGGACGUCAUGAAAAAUGCUAUCGAAUCGAUGCUCGAACCAAUAAUCCCAGAAAUUUUAGCAGUAUACGAGCAGAAUCGUCCCGACUUGAAACUACAAGAACCACCGACCAGGAUACCUCUCAUCCGUAUCUUCAAGAAUCCGGCAAUUACAGAUAUGUAUGAUUUUCGUUUGACGUUUUCCAAGAACCGACGCACGUAUUUUGGACAUAUUGAUAAGAAGUGUUUGAUACUGGAGGGGGAGGAUAAAAACAAGGUGUCGUUUGAAUUCCAACCGGAAUUGCUCACAGGGAAGAUGGGAGAGGAUGCUCGGUUGAAAAACAGGCUAUUGGUAUCGUUCAUGGACGGUAAAACGGUUGAUGUCACGAGAAAUAAUGGUCUCCUUUCGCACUUCAAAUCUAAAACCAAGGGGACAAACCAAGGUUCUUCGUGA